AUGGAGCAGUUGAACCAGCGGGGAGUUACUGCGUUAGGAAAUAUUUCCGGUUCUAUUGAGGAAGUGACAUCAUACAAUGAUACCGGAAAUCCGUCAGUCAUGUUCUUCGCGCAGUACUUGGGCAUUCCCUACGCCGAACCUCCCAUCCGUUUCCGGCGACCUGAGCCUAAAACUCCGUGGGCGGGGGAGUACAACGGGACGUACUACCGUCCGGCAUGCUCCCAUCAAGGCGACCCGGCUAGGGUGGGCACAUUUCACAUGAAGACUGCAAUGAUGUCCGAGGAUUGCCUAACGCUCGAUAUAUACGCACCAAACAGCACUAUCGUUAACCAGUCGUCACUUCCGGUGCUGGUUUUCUUAUACAGUUCACCAGGUUAUUCCAGCGCUUUCGCUGCCGAUGUUCUGUGCACGGUAGGGGACGUCGUGGUUGUGGUGAUAAACUUCCGUCAAGGUAUGCUGGGUUUCUUCAGUCUCGGUAGCGAAGCGGCGUCCGGGAACUACGGGUUGUUUGACCAGCAGAUGGCGCUACAGUGGAUUGCAAAGUACAUACAUAGUUUUGGCGGGGACCCCAAAAAGGUGACGCUAGUCGGUCAUUCUUUUGGAGCCUCGAACGCCAUCUAUCACACGCUGUAUCCGGGAAACAGGGGCCUCAUCCACCGAGUGGUCGCACUGAGCGGCACGGCGCUGCUACCUUCGGGUGGUAAAUCUUAUGUGCGAAACUCUAUUGAAACGGGUGUGCUUGAGGAGAUAGGCUGUCAGCGGGCGUCAGAUGCAGAUAUAAUGAGCUGCCUUCGAGGAAAGAGUCUAACCGACAUAUUAAACGCCUUAGACAAAAAGUCGUUCACGUUUGGACCCUCAGUUGACGGCACGUUCCUGCGCUCUGAUCCGGAAGUCAUGAUGACCGACCUGGCGAAGGAUGACAACUCUACGGAGGAGCUUGAAUUCCUGAACGUAGAUCUGAUGCUUGGCCUGAACAACAUGGAGGGCGGGGCGCAUGUUGCGCUGCUGUAUGCGGAGCGUUUGAACACCACGUACAAUGAGUUCAAUGUAAGCAGGGCGGACAUAAGGAACAUCGUAGUUCCCAUUGCUAUAAAACGGACUUUCGGUAGUAACAUAUCGCAAGCUAUUACACAGACCGUUAACUUUCAAUACAACGACGUUACUGGCACUGACGAUCCCCAGCGUCUACGGAAGCGCGUCGUUGACCUCUUCACGGAUAUAGACGUCGCGGCGCCGCUGGUUCGAACCGGAAACGUUCACGCACUGCUGGGGCAAGGUAGCACCUACCUUUACCAGUUUUCGGAGCCUUUGAAUCUUACGCAGGCGCCUGUUUGGUUGUUGGGAGCAAACCGCGCCGACGACGUCCACUUCCUGUUUGGAUUCAGUGAGCGUGGUCUGCAGUAUGUGAACCACGUGACGGGAUUCACGCCAACCGUAAAGCAGAGGGCGCUGUCAACAAGGCUCAUCAAAAUGAUCGCAAAGUUUGCGAAAACAGGAAAUCCAAAUCCGCUCAGCGCCGCUGGCGAUCCUCAGUGGCCUGAAUAUGACUCCACGAGUACGACGUACCUAGACAUCUCCGCAGCGCACGUGACCCCUAAACACCACUUCCGGGAGCCAUUCAUGACCUUCUGGACAAGCGUGGUACCGGAACUGCUCACAGCGACCUCGCAGAACGCGACUUCUCCGCUUGUGUGCCCUAAGGAAAUCGGUCACACGAUUAAAGUGAACUUAGUCUCGGCUGAAAACAUCAUCAUCGCUCUCUCCAUUGUCUCCUUCUGUCUGCUAUGCGCCUGUGUGUUGCUCGUCUGCUUAUCGGUAGCUAGGGAGCCGACAUUGUAUAGCAACAGCAAAUACGCGGUGAUGAAGACCCCGAACUUGAGCGAGACCCCCUCUAUUUCCGGCCCGAGCGACAGCUGA